AUGGCGGAGCCUUCCGACCCGAGCGGCCAGGUCACGCUUGGGCCGGGCGACGAUGAGGCGGCGACCACUCAGGAGGAUCCCCACACACCGGUGGACGAGUGCCCGGACGAGGCGGAACCGCCACCUCCGGCGGAGGAGGCGUGGGAGUCGCCAGAAGCUCCACCUCCCGAAGAGGCUGCAUGGGAGUCCUUACGAGAGGAAGAGGACGGCGAGGACGAGGACGGAAGCUACGUCCGAAGUGGCUCUCGAGGGGAGCUCGAAGUCCUCGAUGUGAACUUCUGCGGCCGGGCGAGGAGGCGGCUGGCGCGGCACGCGCGCCGGGCGAGGAUACCGCUCGUCUCCCGAGCGCUGGUGGUCGAGGAGGAGUUCGUGGAUGUGGACGUCGUGACUAACGAAGUCCACGACGCCGAGCCGGACCGCACCUUACGCAUGGAAGUCUCAGACAGCGAGGACGAUCCCGAGGCGGACGACGUUUCCAGCCUUGCGGCGCCUCGGGCGCCGCCGCCGCCUCCGGCGAGGCGGAUGCCCGCACUGCGCAGCGCCGCGCUGAGCAUCAACUCGGGGCGCGAGGUCCGCCUGGCGCCACGCUCCCAGCGGAAGCCGAAGGCCAAGGCCAAGUCGCGAGCUGCGGCCUCCACGGCCUCGGCGCUUUCGGGGGCCUCCACGGCCUCCACGGCCUCGGGCUCCUCUGCAAGGCGGGGCCAGGACAGCUUUGACACGCUGCCCACCUCUUCCACGGAACGGCUGGAGAGCGACGGCUGGGGAGCAGCUGGUUUCGAGGCCCAGCCCUCCUCGUCCUCCUCCUGGGCCUGGCGAGACGACGAGGAGCGGAGUUUGCCGCCUUUGCUGCAGGUGCCGUUAUCUCCAGACAAUGCGAGUCCUGCGGAGGACACCGUGGACCAGAGCCUUCCGGAGUCUUGGUUCCAAGACCCGGAGGAGGCAGAGGUGGCCAGUGCUCCUGCAGGCGACGCCCAGGAGGGUGCGGGCCUUUCCGUGAUCUAUGUGGAGCCUGUCAGGCCCGGGAUGGAGCCUCGCCACUGCCGCGAGUGCCACGCUGCCUUCGCCAUGGGUGACCUCCGUUUGGGCUACACACCCUGCGGUGUAACGGCCGACGGCCGUCAGUUUCUCCCGGUCUGGGUGCACGCCUUCACCUGCGCCCGGAGGGCACGGCUGGCCAUACGAUUUGAUGGGGAAUCUGCCAGCUUCAGCCCGGCCGUGUCUCUUGCGGAUCGGAACCGCCUUGUGGAGGAGCUGCGGCAGGUCCACCAGUUCUUGGCACUUCAGCAUCGCUCCCAGCCCCGCCAGCUCUGUAUCCGGCCUUGGCGAUAUGUCCCAUCGGUUCUUCAGCGCUGGCCGGUGAUCCGCUUGCAGCCGGGUGCGCCAGACUCGAGCGAGUCACGGCCGGGAUGGCGCAUACCCUCCCCGCCCCGGAGGACAUCGCCUCCUCGACGGGCGCCUCGCCGACGAACACCUUCGCCUCCUACAGGUGUGGUCGAGGCCUGGUCUGAAGAUGAGAUGCUGGUGGAGGAGGGCGACGCCCAGACGCCCAUGGUGCAGCAGGUGCUCGCGCAGCUCGUCUCCGGCCGCCUGGCUGCUGCUCCGAUGCAGUCGCUCGACGACCUGCCGAUCAUUCCAAACUUCUUGGCCUCCAGCUUUACUACGAGUGCCGAGUCCUCCUCCUCUACAAUUACUGCCACGACGGUUCGCCUCCUGGCAGAGGUCCCCGUCUUCAAUUCCGAGAAGAAGUGCGAGGAGCCUUGCGUGGUGUGCCGCGAUGAUAUCACGGUGGGCCAGGAGUGCCGGCGCCUUCCGUGCAUGCACGUCUUCCACAAGGAGUGCAUCGAUAGAUGGAUUGCCGUCAAAGCCACCUGUCCACUUUGCAACCUUAAGCUCGAGGAUUUGCUCAGAGAACAGCAUUCCUUGGAGAACGGCGAGGAGCCAACACCGAACCUCCGUCGCUCCCCCUCCCGGUCACGGUCCCCUCCCAGACCUGUAUACAGACCCAGUGGCCCACCAAGUGGCCCCCCGGGAGGUCCGCGCAGAAGCCGAUGGGACCUUGGUCAAAACGACACCUGGCGCUCCUACCGUUGGGGUCCACCGGGCGCACGGCCCGUUGCUGGAAGUUGGCCCGCGAAUGGCUGGGUCCAAAAUCCAAUGGGCCAGAUGGGUCAGAGAAGCCCUUGGUCUGCGAUGAUGGGGGUGCCGGUGCAAAACCAGUCCUUCCAGCAGAUCGCAACGCCAGGGUCCAUGUCUCAAAGUCAGGGACGGCCCAUGCCUGCACCGCCUCCACCGGCACCCGAAGCAAGACCACCAGCAUGGUCUCCACCCAUGAUGCCGGUGCCUGUCCCCAUGCCCGUUUUCCAAGCCAGGCCGGUCGUUCCCCCAGGCUUUUUACCGGGCGCCCCACCCAUCCCACCGCCGCCUCCACUGGUGCGACCUGUGCUACCGAUGCCUCGAUCACGGUCACCUCACGAAAUGCGAGGGCCUGAUCAGCAAUGGUAG